AAAUUACUCAACUACGAAAACCUUGGAAAAAUAUAUUUGCAAAUGCCGACAUAAUAAUACCAAUAACACUAACACCAACAUUAAUAAUUACAAUAUUAUUCUCAGCAACAUCAACACCAUUAA